AUGUUGAAUCAUAAAAAACAGCAGAGGUAUCGCCCUGGUCCCGGUGAUCCGGCUGUACCGCCGCAGCUCGCCGACUUUCACGGGAAAACUUCCGAUGAGGUAUUGAAAGAAUUGAACAAAAUGCCAUUUUUUAUGACAAAGUUAGAUGACGCUGGAUCAGAUAAUGUUGAACUAGAGGCCUUAAAAGCCCUUGCAUAUGAGGGUGAACCUGAUGAAGUGGCUGAAAAUUUUAAAAGUCAAGGAAAUGAUUUGUAUAAGGCAAAACGUUUUAAAGAUGCCCGAAUCAUGUAUACUAAGGCGAUAAAUGUUAAGCCAGAAGACAAAAAUCUGAUAUACAUGCUGUAUUUGAACCGUGCCGCAUGUGAAUUAGAAUUGAAAAAUUAUAGAAGAAGCAUUAAUGAUUGUAAAACUGCGCUAGAAUCGAAUCCCAACUCUCCGAAGGCUUUCUACCGUAUUAGCAAAUCCUUUUUCAAGCUAAACAAGUUUGAUGAAGCCUUACAGUCAGCCCAGUUGGGUUCAAAGCUUGACCCAAAUAACCAAGACUUGCUUUUACUAGCUAGAUCAGCGGAAAUUCAGCUUGAGAAACUGAGGACUAAGGCCGCUAGUUUAAAGAAAGAAAAAGAAGAAAACGAACGGUUGGCAGCUAUCUUAGAAACCGCUCUAUCCGUUAGAAAUAUCACUUCUUUGAAAUCUAAGGAUCCGUCGGAGUUGUUACAAGAGGCUGACAUAAAGCUGGAGAACGCUGAAGAUAUUGAAUCUCAGUUGGUUAUGCCCGCGAUGGUUUUAUAUCCUAUGACUGAGGAAUUUGAUUUUAUAGCAUCAGUCUCUGAAUUGACUACCGUCGCCGAGAUAUUAGAAAUGCUGCUUGAUCGUCCUCCUGAAUGGUUUGAGAAAGAGGGCCACCAAGAUUUUAUUGCCAACAAGCUGGUUGCAUAUAUGGAAACGUUGAGCGGAGGGUUGGUUAAAGUGGGAAAGAAUACAGACUUUUAUACUAUCUUGGGAACGCAGUCUCCUGUUAUACCACUAUUUGACAAUGGUAUACGGUUGUAUGUUGUUCCAAAGGCUCAAAGUAACGAAUGGGUCUCGAAUUGGAGUAAAGAACUUGCAAUCAAGAAAAGAUUCUCUUAA